CGGCUUCUGUGAAUCUAUACCCGGCGCCGCUCAGCAAGAUGAUGCCCACACCCGUUAUCCUGCUCAAAGAGGGCACAGACACCUCCCAGGGGGUGCCGCAGCUGGUGAGCAACAUCAAUGCCUGCCAGGUGAUUGCCGAGGCGGUGCGCACCACCCUGGGGCCCCGGGGGAUGGAUAAACUCAUCGUUGAUGACAGAGGCAAAGCCACAAUUUCAAACGAUGGUGCCACAAUCCUGAAGCUCCUUGAUGUGGUUCAUCCGGCAGCAAAGACGCUUGUGGACAUUGCCAAGUCACAGGAUGCAGAGGUUGGCGAUGGCACCACCUCUGUUACCCUGCUGGCCGCUGAGUUUAUGAAACAGGUGAAGCCCUAUGUGGAGGAGGGACUCCACCCUCAGAUCAUCAUCCGCGCUUACCGCACCGCCACACAGCUUGCUGUCGGUAAGAUAAGGGAAAUUGCAGUCACUGUGAAGAAAGAAGAUAAAGAAGAACAGCGCCUCCUGCUGGAAAAGUGUGCAGCAACUGCCCUCAGCUCCAAGCUCAUUGCCCUGCAGAAAGAUUUCUUUGCUAAAAUGGUAGUGGAUGCUGUCUCCUUAUUGGAUGACCUGCUGCAGCUGAAAAUGAUCGGGAUCAAGAAGGUCCAGGGUGGAGCAUUGGAGGAUUCUCACCUUGUGGCGGGAGUCGCCUUCAAGAAAACCUUCUCCUACGCAGGCUUUGAAAUGCAGCCCAAGAAAUACGAGUCCCCAAAGAUCUCUCUUCUGAACGUCGAGCUGGAAUUAAAGGCAGAGAAGGAUAACGCUGAGGUCCGGGUCAGCAACAUAGAGGAUUACCAGGCAAUUGUAGAUGCAGAGUGGAACAUUCUCUAUGAUAAACUGGAGAAGAUUUACAAGUCCGGAGCCAAAGUCGUUCUCUCCAAACUGCCCAUCGGGGAUGUUGCCACCCAGUAUUUUGCCGACAGAGACCUGUUCUGUGCAGGGAGAGUCCCAGAGGAGGACCUCAAGAGGACGAUGAUGGCCUGCGGAGGCUCCAUACAGACCAGUGUCAAUGCCUUGACCGACGAUGUGCUGGGUCAUUGUGCUUUGUUUGAGGAGGCGCAGGUUGGAGGGGAGAGGUACAACUUUUUUACUGGCUGCCCAAAGGCCAAGACUUGCACGAUCAUUCUGCGCGGCGGAGCUGAACAGUUCAUGGAGGAGACAGAACGAUCACUGCAUGAUGCCAUUAUGAUUGUACGGAGAGCGAUUAAGAAUGAUUCAGUUGUUGCUGGUGGAGGAGCCAUUGAGAUGGAGCUUUCCAAGUACCUGCGGGAUUACUCCAGGACUAUCCCCGGCAAACAGCAGCUUCUGAUUGGAUCCUAUGCCAAGGCCUUAGAAAUAAUCCCUCGCCAGCUGUGUGACAAUGCCGGCUUCGAUGCCACCAACAUCCUGAACAAGCUGAGAGCAAAGCAUGCCCAGGGAGGAAUGUGGUACGGUGUCGAUGUUAACAAUGAAGACAUAGCGGAUAACUUUGACGCGUGUGUGUGGGAGCCGGCCAUUGUGAGAAUCAAUGCACUGACCGCUGCUUCUGAAGCUGCCUGUCUCGUCCUGUCUGUGGACGAGACCAUCAAGAACCCACGAUCCUCAAUGGAUGGCGCUCCAGCUGGGCGCGGCCGGGGGAGACCACAUCACCACUGAAACCCCUAGGUCACUGCGCCACUGGGUUGGAAAUGGGGCAGGAACAUCCCAGUUUCACUGAAGUACAGAGAAUGAUGAACUGUUGUGCAGCUCGUGACUCCCGACCGACUGCAGGAGGGAACAUGAACCUGGAAGGUGUUGGAAGCGAGUGGCGGCCAUUGCUCUGGGGCUGCGGUACAGUUUGGCACUUAUUGUCCCAUAUGGUGUGACUUAAAGACGGUUGUUCCAUGAGUUGUGUGUAACCCUGUUCCAGCGGUGUAGGAGGAACGAGCCUGUAGCAUUAUGGUUCCCACCGCUCUGUACUGCUCUCUUCACCCUCCUGUUUUGUUACUGUAUUUAUUUCUAUUCAGCAGAAGCUACAAAGCCAUUAAAUGCACUUCCUUCUAA